AUUAUCAGGAAGGGUAAUAUAUAAGUUAACAUGUAUUUAAAAUGAACAGAUUUCACAUAGAAAGCGGGUGCGUCCUCCUCCUCCGCGGCAGCAGGUGGCGCUGUGGUGAGCGGGCAGCCCUCGUGGCGGCGGACGGGGCGGAGCUACAGCCUGUGGAUACGUGUGAUUCAUAGUUAGCGCUCAGCUUGUGAGCUAACGCUUGUCUGAAGCCAGAAACAUGGUGUUGCUCGAAAACGAUUCGUUCCUGACGGAGCUCACGCGGCUUUUCCAGAGGUGCAGAACGUCUGGCAGCGUGGUCAUCACACUAAAGAAAUAUGACGGAAGGACCAAGCCGGUGCCUAAAAAGGGCCACACAGAGUCUUUUGAACCAGCAGACAACAAAUGUCUCCUCAGGGCGUCAGACGGCAAGAAGAAAAUUAGCACAGUAGUCAGUACUAAAGAAGUAAUCAAGUUUCAGAUGGCUUACUCCAACCUCCUCAGAGCUCACAUGGAUGGACUUAAGAAGAAAGAUAAGAAAAGCAAGAGCAAGAAAACCAAAGCCACCCAAUGAGCUACAGACUCUACACAACCUUGGGUCGCUCAGCUCGCUCGUACGUCACAGGGGAGUGGGAACAGUGUCAGUCACCCAACAGGCUCUCUACCCAUUCACUAGAGGCCUCAGAAUCAUCUGGUGACUGCUUUGAUAUUAUGCCAUUGAUUGCAUGAUAACGCUUCAUUCCUGGCUGUUCAGUGCCAUCAGUGUUCUGGAACAGAAAACCUGAGGAUCCUCUUGUAACACAUGCAGGAUGAAGCUGGUUAGAUUUAUUGAAACCAGGUCAUCAAUGUCAUCCCGUUAGCCACAAAGCCUAAUAGUCACCUGCCUUUCUAUUUAAAUUCUAAUGGUCCUUAUUUAUAUUCUAUUGAAGGUUAACCGGGGGCCGUGUCGGCAUGUUUUUCAAUUAGAUUUUUAAUUUUACGAGUUAUUGGAAUCCCCUUUUCAGCAUGGAUGCUUAGAAAUGCGGAACUGAAUCUGACCAGGUUUGUUUUACUUUGGUUUAAUGUCAGUAUUUGCUUUUGCUUCAUUUUGGAGGUUUUUUUAUCCUUCUGAGAAGCAGUGAAUGUUGUGUCCCUUUGAGUUUUAAACAGAGCAUCCAUGCCAAACUGUUGUCUCCAUGUGUUGAACACAAAAUAAACGGAUAGUUUCAGGUAAUGUAAUAAUUUUAAAGCGCCUGUGAAUUAUUCAUGACAGAGUUAAAUAGUACAAAAACAGUAACGGUAACGAAGUGUUUGCUGCUAAACAAUAAUUGGUUUUUCAUAAGAGCCAGGUUCUAAAGCCACUAUAUUUUAUCUCCGUCUGUAUUUCAGGCCUCACGUUAGAGGACUCAGCACAAUUUAAAAUUAGAAAUAAAGUGCUUUAAGAGA